ACGUAAGAAGACAGUAGACUGCACGACCAGAACAGUCGAGUAGCGAUUAUUCUGUCGUUGCAUCCAGUCUUCUCGUUUCGUCCUUCCAAAUUUCAUUGGGUUUACAAUGACAGCACCGGCGGUUGGGAUUGAUUUGGGAACAACCUAUUCGUGUGUCGGCGUAUUUCUCAAUGGAAAAGUCGAGAUCGUCGCUAAUGACCAAGGAAAUCGCACUACACCGAGCUACGUGGCGUUUACCGAAGCGGAGAGGUUAAUCGGUGAUGCAGCCAAGAAUCAAGUAGCUAUGAAUCCCACGAACACGAUCUUUGAUGCGAAGAGGCUGAUUGGCAGACGUUACGAUGAUCCAUCAGUCCAAGCUGACACGAAACAGUGGCCGUUCGCCGUGGUUAAUGACGGAGGAAAACCGAAAAUCCGAGUUCGGUACAAGGGUGAGACGAAGUCCUUCUUUCCCGAAGAGAUCUCGUCGAUGGUUUUGACGAAAAUGAAGGAAACGGCGGAAGCUUAUUUGGGAAAGUCCGUCACGAACGCCGUGAUUACGGUACCAGCGUACUUCAACGAUUCCCAGCGACAGGCUACCAAGGACGCCGGUACUAUCUCCGGCUUGAAUGUCCUGAGGAUCAUUAACGAGCCGACUGCCGCAGCUAUUGCUUAUGGCCUCGACAAAAAGGGCCGCGGUGAAAGGAACGUUCUGAUCUUCGAUCUCGGCGGCGGUACUUUCGACGUAUCGAUACUGACUAUCAACGACGGCAUAUUCGAGGUGAAGGCCACUGCCGGUGACACCCACCUGGGUGGCGAGGACUUCGACAGUCGCAUGGUGACACACUUCACACAAGAGUUCUCAAGAAAGUUCAAGAAGGAUCUGACGACGAACAAACGAGCGGUUCGUCGGUUGAGAACAGCGUGCGAGCGCGCCAAGAGGACCUUGUCCUCAUCGACGCAAGCCAACAUCGAAAUCGAUUCCCUGCUCGAUGGCAUCGACUUUUACACGUCCAUCACGCGCGCUCGCUUCGAGGAGCUCAACCAAGAUCUCUUCAAGUGUACGUUACAGCCAGUUGAGGAAGCUCUGCGAGACGCCAAGAUGGACAAAUCUCAGAUUCACGACAUCGUGCUCGUCGGUGGCUCGACUAGAAUUCCACGAAUCCAGAGGUUCCUUCAGGACUUUUUUAAUGGAAAGGACCUUAACAAAUCGAUAAAUGCGGACGAGGCUGUGGCGUACGGGGCGGCAGUGCAGGCGGCCAUAUUGCAGGGUGACAAGUCCGAAGCAGUACAGGAUCUGCUGCUCCUGGACGUGACUCCGUUGUCCCUCGGGAUAGAGACCGCCGGUGGCGUGAUGACCGCUCUCAUCAAACGCAACACCACGAUCCCGACCAAGCAGACGCAAACUUUCACUACCUACUCGGACAAUCAACCGAGCGUCCUGAUCCAGGUUUACGAGGGGGAGAGAGCAAUGACCAAGGACAACAACCUCCUGGGAAAAUUCGAGCUUUCUGGGAUUCCGCCGGCGCAUCGAGGCAUACCGCAAAUCGAAGUGACCUUCGACAUCGACGCGAAUGGUAUCUUGAACGUGUCCGCCGUGGAGAAAUCAACGAACAAGGAGAACAAGAUAACGAUAACCAACGACAAGGGUCGACUCAGCAAGGAGGACAUAGAACGAAUGGUGAACGAAGCGGAAAGAUACCACGCGGAGGACCAAUCGCAGAAGGAGAGAGUCGCAGCGAAGAACAACCUCGAAUCGUAUUGCUUUAACGUAAAGAACUCCAUCGAGGAUGAGAAUAUCAAGGCGAAGAUUGCGGAAGGAGACCGGAAACUCAUAGCUGACAAGUGCGAUGAAAUCAUCAAGUGGCUCGAUAUCAAUACUUCCGCCACUAAGGAGCAAUUCGAGAAUAAGUUAAAAGACGCUGAAAAAGUUUGUAAACCGAUUUUUACCAAAUUUUACAACAGCGCGGGAUACGGGCAAAAUUAUAGCUCUUCGGCCAAUCCAACGAUAGAGGAAGUGGACUGACUGAAUAUUUACCCUCGGUUGGUUAUACCGCGUGCCGCCGGUGCUUUGAUAAAACUUUUCACACGAUAUUCAAAAUUUAUCGUUAAUAUUUUUCGCGCGACUCUAUUUUAAACGAGCUUAAUUCCGAACGAUCAAAAUAUUUGUGAAUCCAAGACAAUUGAACGCUUGUAAGCAAUUAAAACAGUUCACAAGGUUGAAUCAUAAAAUAAACGGCUCCACGUUAAUUUCCAACGCAUUAUUUAUUGCAAGCGAGUUUGGGAAAGGUAGUUAUCGUAAUGAUUUCGUAAUACAUUCGAGAUAUGCGAUAAUAUUGUCAGACUAACACAACGACCUAGCGUCGCCGCUUACGUGUAUGUGACGCACGUAUCAAUGUGUAUACAGCGUGUAAACUGUUUCAUUCCUUCUCGCAUCACGUUAAAAAUUAAUAUUGUUUAUGCAUAUAAAGAAUAUGUACACAAAAUGGGGAAGGGAGACACUAUUAAAUAUUUAAUGAACUUAGCGUACAGGUAAAUAUAGCCUACGCAUUAAUGGAACGUUUCUUCUCGUAAAAAAUAGAUUAUGCAGAGCACCAUGGUUUCUUCAUCAUAUUAAUCAUCAACGUCUUCCGUUUUUCUCUUUUUUCCAUUUUCUACUUUUUGUUUUUUAUCUUCGAAUUAACUGAAUUUCUUAUAUACAAUUUUCCGCAUCAUUGUCGCGAAUCACCGCGAUGAAUCGCGACGCUGUAACGCUGUUUGCAAGCACAUUACGAAAUGUGGCUAAUUCCCGGGUCGGACGGGCGCCGAGAUUACAGUGUCAGCGCCUUAUCAGCGCGGUAUCUUGCGAACAAUCGAGAAACAAACGAGGAACAGAAACUGACUAUAAUGUUGUCGCAAAAUUUUAUGCCCUGUGCUCAGUCUUUCACGCGCGUUACAAUUUACUUUUUGUUCGUUCUUCUCGUUCCGCGCGAAACGGUCCGAUUGGCUGAUCACUUUCUAAUUUACGAUCCUUUCCAAUUUGUACCGAGAUAUUAGGUUAAUCCGUACCAGUUUUUACAUUAAGUGGAAUUCCAGUGGGUUCAACUAUUUCAUGAUAUUCGAUCGUUAGAAAUUAAGUUACAACAGAUAGUAGAUUUGACGAUCCGAAAGUGUUACAGAUUCAGCAGCUCGUAGUUUCGAGCAUUGCGAAAUCGAAAUAGAUCGUUUGGUAUUCUACCUUCAUCUCUGUUUUCGCUCUAGUGCCGCCAAGUAAUUUAAAGCAUUCCAAUAUACUCGUUUAUUUCAAUCACGGAAUUAUGCAAUCGCGCCGCGAACCUUUCGCUGGGUCGAGUAACAGAAGACAGAUUCCAUCUCGGGAUCUUUGAGUCUGUCAGUAAGUAUCUCAUUACCGAGCUCAAAAAACCGGAGGAUCUUACGCUUCAAACUUUUGCCACGUCUUCUUCGUUCUCGAAUUCGUCGUCGAGAUCGAGGCUGAUCGUUGCGACACGAUUGUCGAAACGAAGAACGCAGGGUAUGUACGCAAGAACGGGAUGUAAAAAAAAAAAAAAAAAGAAAAAGGGCUCAAAGGCGGGAAAAGGAGCGACGAACUGCUUGGAAAAUGACCGAGGCAUAAAAUUUUUCGUAAGACCACCAUGGAGGCUCGAAAUUAUUUAUCUUUGAUAUGUUCGCUUUCGAGAGUCCUUGGUACGGUCGUACAGAAGUAAGUAAGAUCACAAGCGUCAUAGAGGCUCACGAGAGCCUCUGGGGUUAGAACAAAAACAUAAAAAAUAGUAAUCGUUGUAUAUGUGAGCAUGUAUGUAUGUAUAAUGGUUUCGAAAGCGUUUCGAAUCCGAGUCUCGUGCAUAUUUACGCACCUGUAUCAUCGAAUCAUGUGUGUUGUGUUGUGUCGUGUGUUUCCUAUGAUAUAUCAUCACUUAAACGCUAGCUUGUUUCAUCUUUUAUAAUUAUAUACAUGUUACAACGUCGCUAGGCAUGCCUGUAUUGUUCGGAUAUAGUAUAUCUGACGAGCACGUGACUCCUUACCCUUUAUAUCACAUAUCGUAUAUAAGAAGGCACCAGAAGUAAUUCUAGGUCAAGAAUCAUACCGCGGCUUGAGCGCCGCUCACAUUAUGCUAACCAGGUAAUGGAAACAUCCAUAAGCUGUACACGUGUUUACUUUCAGUGGCGUUCGUCCAAGCGUUGCCACGAACGGAAUACGUCGAAACGUAAGAGCGACCCACUCCUCGAGCUUUUCUUCCGUCACGCUUUCAAUUCAUCAUCGCCGAGAAAAUAACGUAAUUGCAAUAUAUCAAAAUUCCAACCACCCCAAUAUAUCUAAUACAUAAAUCACAAGAAAAUUCCCACAUUAACCGGAAGGUUCACUUGGAUCGAAUAAAUUUGAUCGUUAAAGAUCAAUUUCGUAUCACAUAAUUUUACACGAAAAAAAAAAAACGAAAUUUCAUUCCAUUUCGUUGCCUUAUCAACGAGUGUGCCCAUUCGUGGCGCCUACUUCGAUACUUCAUUCUCCGUCUCUGCUCACGAACCACAUGAUACAAUCAGUGCAAGUUUAGUAAAGACUAGCCACUCGAGGCCGUCUCUGGAUCACGCUUAGAUCUUAAAGAUCGUUCAUCGUCGUGCGACAAUUAAUUUUACUUUCGCAUAACAUCACGAUGAAUCGAUAUAAAAUUCUCGAAUCGUGCAAUUUUGCACCAACGAGAAGACGUCUCGAUGUUUGGUCCAUCUAGGACUCCAAGGAUAUGUACAAUGAACACGUGUGUUUCUUAAAAAAAAAAAAAAAAAAGAAAGAAGAAAA